UAAGUCACUUUGGAUAAAAGCGUCUGCUAAAUGACUGUAAUGUAAUGUUUCCUCUCUGACCAAGAAGUGAACCAGCUCUCAAACUGCAGGUCGCAAAAUACCUGACGCUGCAGGACUUGGCUAACUCCAGAAGAUGGCAGUAGUGCAACGCUAAGGGUCCACGCUACCGUUAAACCCCAACGAAGAAGAAAAGCCGGACCCUCCAACAGCAAUGGCGUCCUACACGACGGGAGACGUGCUGAGUGAAGCACAAACAGGGAAAACAUCGAAAAAGACGAAACACCAAGUGGAUGAAUCUGAACUCCUGACUGUUCCUGAUGGAUGGAAAGAGGCGACUUUCACCAAAGACGACAAUCCCCGGGGUCUGCUCGAGGAGAGCAGCUUCGCCACCCUCUUCCCCAAAUACAGAGAAGCCUACCUGAAAGAGUGCUGGCCACUUGUGGAGAAGGCCUUGGGGGAUGCACACGUCAAAGCCACUCUGGACCUAAUUGAGGGAAGCAUCACAGUUUGCACCACAAAGAAAACUUACGACCCUUACGCUAUCGUGAGAGCCAGAGAUCUCAUCAAGCUGCUGGCCAGGAGUGUCCCGUUCGAACAGGCAGUGCGGAUAUUACAGGAUGACAUGGCAUGUGACAUCAUCAAAAUCGGGACCCUGGUGAGGAACAGAGAGCGGUUUGUGAAGCGAAGACAGCGGUUGAUUGGCCCCAAGGGCUCCACCCUAAAAGCAUUAGAGUUGUUGACCAACUGCUAUGUGAUGGUUCAGGGCAACACGGUGUCAGCCCUGGGGCCUUACAACGGCCUGAAGGAGGUACGCAAAGUGGUGAUGGACACGAUGAAGAACAUUCAUCCCAUCUACAACAUUAAGACACUGAUGAUCAAACAGGAGCUGUUCAAAGACCCCGACCUGCGGAUGCAGAGCUGGGAGCGCUUCCUGCCCAAGUUCCGCCACAGGAACCUGGCCAAGCGCAGGGAGCCCAAGAAGAAGAGCGCGAAGAAGGAGUACACACCAUUCCCUCCGUCACAGCCGGAGAGCACGGUCGACAAGGAGCUGGCCACGGGAGAAUUCUUCCUCCGUGAAAGUGUGAAAAAGAGGAAGAAGAUGGAGGAGAUCAAGGUGAAACAAGCCGAAGCACUGACCAAGAAGCAGGAAGAGCGGAACAAAGCUUUCAUUCCGCCUAAAGAGAAGCCUCUAAUGAAGAAGACCAUCAAAGAAAGCAAGUUGGACAUCGAAGCCAUUAAGGAGAAAGUGAAAAAAGCCAAAACCAAGAAGCUGGGGGCUCCUCCAGUGAACCUGCCCCCCCCCACCGGCAGCACCGUGGGCAAAAAGAAAAAGAGCAAAACAAAGGCUAACCACAGACUUGCACCCUGGUAAUUGUGUUGUGUACCAUGUGAUAUGGUAUUGGUUUGGCAGUCCUGUUGGACAGAUUAAGGACUCUUGUCAGGACACAGGUAGGUGGGACAUCGGACACACAGUGUGUGCUAGAGGAUUAUACUAAGCAAUAUGAACAGGAAAUCCUCAUAUCUGGAGACCAGUAGUACACCAGUGAGUGAUGUCAUACAUUGUCUUCUUUUCUGCCUCAUUUGUUUUCUAACUAUUGUCCAGAGUUUGAAUGAUCAGUAGUUAUAGAUUUUCAAAGUAUGUUGUCGUCCUUCCUCAUGGCUGAUGUGUGUUCAGGAUGAGGCCGACUCCAUCAGAUGGAAAUUGAAUAAAAUUAAAGGCAUAUUUUUAACAUCCUGGACUUUAAGUUUUAAUUUGAUUCCUUUUGAUCAUGACAAACAAACUUAUGGUAGAAGUACUAUUUGGGGGACAGGAUUGUAGGAGAGUCCACAUUCAUGGGUGGUCAGAUCACAGGAUUUGAAAUUGGGUCCAUUGCAGAGCUGUACUUUUUUUUUUUUUUUCCUACUAAUGAAUUAUUCAUCGUUUCUUUUUGUCUCAGUUUAUCAUUCUGUAAACACUGACAUUAUUGCCUCAUAAACAAAAAAAUUUGCUAAGAGCUGCUUAGUUGCUCAUAUUGUUUGUCCAACUUGCACUCUUCUUUUGGCAAUUUAUUUAUACUUUUUCUGCAUCCUCCACCAACUCCUGAUGGACAUAUCUGGCUCUCUAGCUGCUCAACAAUGUGCUAUUUGC